AUGCAGAGCGCAGAGGGAAAAGCCUACGAGUAUUUCCAGACCAAUCUGGAGGGGCGGCUGAAGAGUAUCGUAGGGGAUAACCCUCGAUUCUCAAUCUGCCGUAUAGCACUUGCGGACACGGAAGAAUGGAUACCCAAGUAUACCACUACAGACUCUAUGGGCUCGCAGGCUCUGGUUCAGAAGAUGACGCACCAGCUUCGUAGCCGGGACCUUCAAAUCCUCUGGGUGGCCACUCAGGAGAGAGACAACUGGGCCAAGCUGAUAGAUGGAAUUUUCAACAAUAUCUCCCUCUUCUGGACAGCGCGGCGAGUCACCAAGGUCUCCUACCUCCCAUACAUCUGCCUCAUCUGUGUCGUCUCGGUUUGGAAGAUCCUUUACAGCAAAGGCACCAAGUGCUGGGGUAUCGCCCCAUGGAACUCAUCGUAUUCCGAAAGAACACUUGAAUCGAUCUUUCAAGCCACUGGAACCGGGAAAAUCAACUUCUCUAUCGGCCUGUUAGCAGCUAACUUUUAUGGCUCACUAUUUCUCCCAGAAGCGUUCAUCUCUUUGGGUAUUACCUACGAGGUCGAGGCGGCCUUGAGAGGCUUUGAGAGGAGUGUCGCUAGGGAUAAGAUGGUGAAUGGGAUGAGCGAAGAGAUGGUGCGCAUUCCCUUUAAAGAUCGAGACUACGCCGAGGAUAUAACUAGGGCCGUUAUUCGGGUUGCCAAGGAGGCGUCUGUUAGUAGCUUAGAAUCCCCGUUUGAGAAGAUGCGUGCAAAAUAUCAAGACAAAGAUUAA